CUCUGCUGUAAUCGUCGUUGAUCUGAGACAAUUUCUCAGUGAACACCGUGAAGAGUGAGAGGUGUGACAAGAAUUCAGGCCCUUGUGAGAAGAUCAAGGGCAUCGCCUGAGACAACUCUUUGUGACGCACACUACCUCGAGGUCACAGGCUCAGGCCUGAACCGUCAAGAUGGUGAACAUUACGGAAAAGAUCAAGGAGAUCGAGGCCGAAAUGGCUCGUACUCAAAAAAACAAAGCCACAGAAUAUCAUCUUGGUCUGUUAAAAGGAAAAUUGGCACGUCUCCGAGCACAACUCUUGGAACCUGGUCCUGGCGCCGGAUCAGGCGGCGGUGCAGGGUUCGAUGUCUCGAAAUCUGGAGAUGCCAGAAUCGCCCUGGUUGGAUUCCCCUCAGUGGGAAAAUCGACAUUUCUAUCCAAGAUCACAAAGACCAAAUCAGAAGUUGCGGCAUAUUCAUUCACAACACUGACAGCGAUUCCCGGUGUUCUCGAGUAUGGAGGCGCAGAGAUUCAAAUCCUGGACUUGCCUGGAAUCAUCGAAGGCGCCUCAGAAGGCAAAGGAAGAGGACGUCAAGUCAUCAGUGCGGCCAAGACCUCAGACCUAAUCCUCAUGGUCCUCGACGCGACCAAACGUGCGGAACAACGUGCUCUUCUCGAAGCUGAACUCGAAGCCGUCGGCAUCCGUCUCAACCGGCAACCCCCCAAUAUCUACCUCAAAGCCAAAAAAGCCGGCGGCAUGAAAAUAACCUUCCAGUCACCACCCAAAAACCUCGACGAGAAAAUGCUGUACAACAUUCUCCGCGACUACAAAAUCCUCAAUUGCGAAGUUCUAGUCCGCGACGAAAACGCCACUGUCGACGACUUCAUCGACGUCAUCAUGAAAGACCAUCGAAAAUACAUUAAUUGUUUGUACGUAUACAACAAGAUCGAUUCGAUAUCGGUUGAAUUCCUGGAUGAAUUGGCGCGUGAACCGAAUACGGUGGUCAUGUCGUGUGAAAUGGAUCUGGGGAUUCAAGAUGUGGUGGAGAGGUGUUGGCAAGAAUUGAGGUUGAUGCGGAUUUAUACGAAACGACAGGGCAUAGAGCCGGAUUUUGGAGAGGCGUUGAUUGUGAGGAGUAAUAGUACGAUUGAAGAUGUGUGUGAUCAGAUUCAUCGGACAUUGAAGGAUACGUUCAAGUAUGCUUUGGUCUGGGGGGCGAGUUCGAAACAUAUCCCUCAGAGGGUUGGGUUGGGUCAUGUUGUUGCGGAUGAGGAUGUGGUUCAGGUGGUUAGUGCUUGGAAGGCAUGAGGAGGUUGUUGCUUGAGACAUGAAAUGAAGAUGAGUAUGAUCAUGACAUGGAUUAUCAUGAAUCUUAUAACCCUCACUGUUUC